UUACUCGUCGUUUCGCUGCUGUACGGCUCAGGUAUCAGUUAUGGAUUAACGAUCAUAAUGCACGUCCUGAUCAAUGAGUUAUAAGGCAAGCCUUAGGACCCCCAUUUGUUCAUCAUCAUCACUCAAGUUCAAUCCAAACAACAAACUCUCAUUACCAGACACUUCCAGGUGAAGCCGGCCGGUCCUUACAUUCUUAUUCUUAUUACUACUACAUAUUCAUUUGCCACUAUCCUUUAAACUUAUCAAUCAAAAUGGCCCCUAUCUUCAAGAUCGUCCUUCUCCUCAACCUCUCUCUCUUCGCAGCUGCUCAGGGCACUAAAUUCAUCACCCAGGAAUGCGCGUCGGAUGCCGAAUGUGCUUCCGGCUGCUGUGGAUUCAACUCGAACAAAUGUGCCGGCCCUAAAGUGGCAUUGGAGCGUGAUGGCGGCUGCGGUGCCGGUGACGCUCAGCCCAACGAUAAUGCAGCAAAGGCCCUGGAUGCCGCGAAUGGCGUUGUCAACAACGACGGCAAUGGAAAUGGCGUCCAGAAUGGCAACCAAAACCAGAACCAGAACCAGAACCAGAACCAGAACCAGAACCAGAACCAGAACCAGAACCAGAACCAGAACCAGAACCAGAACCAGAACCAGAACCAGAACCAGAACCAGAACCAAAACCAGAACGGCAACAACGGAGAGAAGACAUUCAUUACCGACGACUGCCAAUCCGAUGACGACUGCGCUUCUGGCUGCUGCGGCUUCAACUCUUUCAAGUGUGCUGGACCUGUUGUGGCACAAGAGCGCGAUGGCGGCUGUGGUGCCGGUGAUGCUCAGCCCAACGACAACGCUGCUCAAGCUCUUCAAGGCCGUAGCCUUGGACGAAGGGGUCCCCAGCAUAUGUAAGAUCAUCGGUGGUUGUAUAUCGAACCUUGGUCCAUCAAUGAUCUAGUUCAUGGGUUUGGAUAAUAGUGCAAGGGAUAUCAGGACGGAAGAGGAUAUGUAACACUACGAUAGUAUGGAUUGGGUGCCUGUGUAUACUACAGGAAAAAGGGUUUCAUUGUAUUUAGAGUCAUAUUAUUAUUGAUUUGUUAUGGUCGCUCAAUCACAAGAUUUUUCAUCUUUAUGCUACUACAAGCAAGUGCGGCGAUUCCCAUGUGAGAUACGUCCCUGAACUAAUAUCGGCAAACCCUUAGACUUUGGAAGAUAAGUUUACGGACUUCACGAG